AAGUUGUUGGAGUCGUCCCACGCUUGGCUCGGCGCCUCCACCUCCAGUAUAGCAGCUGACUAUACGACCCUGCUGAAGCUGAAGGCGCCCACGUGGACGCGGCACGAUCUCCAGGAGGCGAUCGAGGCCGUGGUGACCCAGAAGAUGCGCUUCACCCAGGCGUCGACCAAGUACGGCAUCCCGAAGGGCACCCUCUACGACAACAUCCUCGGCAAGUCCAAGAGGAUGAUGAUCCUCGAGGAGACCGCCCUCGAUCCAGGCGAGGAAACGGCGGUGCUCGAGUUCUGUUGCGACAUCAGCGUGAGCCCGUACAAUCGGCGCACGAAGAAAUCCCUGAACGCGAUAUUGAACUUCGUCGAGCGUCUCAGGCGGAAGCACGACCCCGGCUUCAUGUUCACCGGGCUGUCGGGCUUCCGCUGGUGGUGGGCCUUUUGCAAGAAGCACUCGAUAGUCUCGCUCUACAUCAACGACGAGAACGAGAACGGUGCCGAUUCCUCUUAACGUCGCCGGUCCGCUCAAUAUCGAGAUAGUUCACGGGAGAGACAUGGUUUUAAAAAGUUCAGAUUACGCCUGAUCUUCUAUUUUCUUAAUUUUUCCGUCGCAUGCAGAUAUUCGUUAAACAAUCUCGUCUAUUUACAUCGUGAGUCGGUAAAAAUUUGCUUCGUCUCCGAGACAACGGUGAAUACUCGAUCUUUUUGACGGACGUUGAUUCUUAUUAAGCAGAAUUGCGCGAAAAUGUAAUCCGAAGUAGGAUUCCGCCAUGUCUCUCUCUCCUGAUUAUCACGACUGCGAGAGACUCGUCGGCCGAGAAUGCGGCAGUGGUCCCUUUGCCUCGCGGACGAGAAUGAAGAAAAAUGUGGAAAAUUUAAUGUCCCAGCGACAACGAAUUCAUUCAAGCGACAUUAAGGCAAAGAGAAUAUAGUAAGUCGGAUUCGAGGCGGCAUCGCGGCAUGCCGUCGGACGCCGACGCACCAUGCAACCUUUAUUCGCUUCCCCGGCCGUGAUGCACUCGCAUUCUCGGACCGUAAAGAGACACGGCGGCGCGUUUUAAGAGAGAGCACUACCAUUCGAUUAUCUUAAGAUUAAAUACGCCUUUUGCAAUCGUCGUCAAUUCACACUUCAAAAAACUCUAAUUAUAAGGAUUAAAUUAAAGAGAAAAAAAAAACAUUUAACGAGAACGAUAUCUUCCAACACGAUAUCUCCGAACACGUUUGAACAUUUUCACGAUCGCUGUCCUUUUCUGUCUUUUUGUUUUUUUUUUCUUUUUCAAUCCACUUGUAUGAUUCCUCCGGAGCAUGCGCGCGGUGACCGACAAUCGACGCGCAAUCCGUAGACUUCAACGCGGAAAAUCGCUGCACAAGCAAGGUCGCGAGAAGAAUUUGCCUGCUAAUUGAAAAUCGAACGCCCAGCGUUUGCGUCGCGUGCUCCGGGCAAUCGCGCGAAAUGAUAACGCGGUAAAAUCGGAAAAGGGGGGAGGAGUUUUAAUCGGCAAAAAAUGUCUACGUUCGAUUAAAUUUAAUAUCCAUCAGAAUCAAUUGCAUCAACGGCGAUUAGCGCGGUUAUUCCCUCGCGACAAUAUUCCCCCGAUCCUUUCUCCCUCGAUUCUCCAACGCUUCUGAAGUAAUAGAAUUUCCAUGACAUAUCAUACAAUAAGAGGACUGUUCGUUAAUUUAUUUGCGGAUAACUCGUUUCGCAUUGAGAACGCACGCGAGAAAUAUUUAUGCUUAAAAGAGAGGGAGGAAACGGGACGGAAACGCGUUCAACGUUUAAGCUUUUAUGAAAAUUUUCGCGAUUCAGCAACAAAAGUGCGAUUUAAAAGCGCAACGUUAAUUUGUCACGGGCUCAAAGUAGUCGUACGUUCUUAUUAAUUUGCGUUUAUUUUCUCGUUAAUUGCAAAGGUUGUAACAAGAGAAAUUCAACGUUAAUACCAAUUGAAAAGGAACAGCGUCGCGGAAUAUUUUCGAACGCGUCUCCAAUUUCGGGAGCUCCGUGUCGCGAGUCGCAUUCUUGCAAAUCAUACUUGUGAAUGACUUGGCGUGUAACGAGUUUAGUGCCCUCCACUCAUCUCCGUCUUCCACGUAAUUUAAUCGACGAACACGAGGCCGAGAGGUAUACACCCUUGCCUCUCCUCGCAUAUAUAUACCGCACUCUGUACAUACUUUACGACGCACGCCGUGUGUGAUACGUCUCGAAUCGAUGGGACCAAAUUAUCACCGAGAUCGUCGCUCACGGUAUUGUCGUAAUUAGAUAUUUUUCUACGAGUUUUAUUAGCGAGACAUUUGUUUAAGUUAUUAGCGUUGCCAUGUUGUUAUGCGCGCGUUGGACUCCACGUCCGUUUUGCUGCCCCGACAAUAAUUGCGAGAUAAUUAUCUUUAUCUUUAGUAUAUUAGAAUCGCGGAGAGAAAAGCGCGCGCGCGCGCUCUCUGUAAGAAAGUACGGCGCGCGUUUCUGUUAACAUUCCAAAUCUAUCUAACGGAUAAUCGCGUUUAUGAAACGAGCACAUAUCCGUUCCUCGUUAGAGCGAGGCAUUGUUUGAGACUGGAGGAAGGAUUAGAAAGACGAUUUACGAAUGUGAGGAGCAAAUGAAUGAAGGAAGUAUGUCGCCUACUUAACCGCGAGUUGAUCUAAUAGCGCGAUAAAUAUUCCAACAACGAACGAAAAUAUUUUACAAAACGUAACGUGUGAGACGCAGUAAUUAAAUUGAAAUAUUUGUGCAGCUUACGUGCCGCGGUUAUUUAACGGGCAACGUAAAUAGUACGGGCGUAAUGUGCGAAGGAACAGUCUCGGAUAAACGUUAACGAAAGUAGAGCAAAGCGGCGGACCGUAUAAAAGAGAGCUACAUCUAAAUAUAUAUCGGUUCAGAAUUGAGCCGCACGCGACUCAAGUGUUAAAUCGCGAUAAGUAACGCGAGAUCGUUAUUCGGCCUAGCUGAUAUUAAAAAUCGUUUCGUAAAAAUAACGCGCGGCGACGUCGCAUGUGUGUUUUUACAUAUACGCAUAAUCCGUUCUCGCGAUUAAACUUAUAUUAUAUAAAUCGAUUCACAUUCUAACCGCGAGCUGGAAUGCCGUAUCCCGAUAUAGUAUAGCGACAAACGGGACAAAACUCCGCGCUCGAAAUAGUUGACGCUGAAACUUCAGGGGGCAUAUCUUCCUCGUGCGUUUAGCUCUCUCUCCGUUUGCGAAAAAUCCUCAUUCCGCGACGCGUGAUACUUGACGACGAGGAGCGAUAUUAGAUUACCUCCACCACCGGAGCGUGUCGCGGAACCGGCGGCGCGGGCGCGGCACGACACUUUUGUCAGCGUCGGACGUUUCGCGGCGGGAGGAGAGAAAAAAAACGACUCAAUUACUCGCGCGGGGAACCGGACGGACGUUAACAGGGUACGCUUUGGACGGCUGACUUUUUGCGGCAAUUAUUGGCCGCGACUGACGUGAUACCGCACGUCGCAUCGCCGUCGCAUCGCGGACAAUAAGCGGCUAAUAUCCAGCAAUUAUCGAUCAACGCGCGGCAAUUAAUGUCGAGAGCCGGCUUUCCUCGCAGAAAAACAUAACGCCGCUAAUUUUUCCUCAUGUCCGAUAAGGAUGACUCGAGUCAGAUUUGUAAGAUAACUCGCUGGAAAAAUCCGGUUAGCGAAAUCCUCGGGUAUUAUCGUCGUUUUAUGAUAAGGAACGACGUACGACGGGCAUCGUCGAUCGAAAUAAUUCCGUCCAAACGUACCUUCCGUUAGCGUCGUUAGCGAAGGGCUUCGCGUUAUCGUUAUCGUAUUCGGCGAACUCGCUCGAAGCCCGUGAA